UGACACCAAAUGACACAUUGUAUGCCAAAAUGCCAUGAUCGAAAGGAUAAUAAAUCUAUAAUAUUCGGAAGGAAAAUUACCAUGAAGUUGAAAUGAUCUUAUUCAUACCGUUCAGUUUUUUAUGGAUAAUGACCUCAGCCCAGGUGUACUAUUACCACCCGUACAACGUCUCCAGGGCCACUGUCCCCGGGAUAGCGGCGUACAGAUCCGCCCUGACCCUGGACUGGAUAGCUGCCGAGGAUUCCCGUCAGAGGGAGCUGGUCGCUGCCUUCGAGACCGAGCCCGCACCACCUAUCAGAAUAUUAACAACUGACUGCAUCAUGUACGCGAGACCAGCGUCAGGCAAGAUCGCUAGAUUGAUGCUUGAGUUACUUAAAAAUCUGGAAGGUGAUGAAGGUACAAUUGUAACAGAACUUAUCCAGGCGCUCGUCAGGAGUAAGUUGCUUGUAGAGACAUCGGUGCUAGAGUCGGAGCCGGAUUUGGAGGCGCUGGUGAAGACUCCAGAUGUGAUGAUGGGGGAGCCACACACCACCUUCCCGAGGAUAUUGGCUAUGACGUGGCUAGCAGUAACAGAUCCGUCUACUACCAAGAAGUAUGGAUGGUGUCCGGUAACUAAGAUAAACAAAUAUCUGGCGUCAACGAAGUCGAUGAACGUGGCGAAACACAUGCGCGCCCUGGAGCCUAUAGUGGCGCGAGCGAGAUACAUCAUGGAGGAGUUCAUACAGCACGUGACGCCGCUCAACAUGUACGAGAAGGAGGCUGGCAAGAGGAGGGAAUCAAAGAACAGAAACUACAAAAUGGAAGGUCAAAAAGAGAAUCGAGUAACGUGGCCGUCUGUGUGCGUGGAUACGGAGCUAGAGCCAGACUUGUCAGAAGACCGCUGGGUGUUCAGGAACUCCAAGCGGCAGGAGACGAAUGAAGCCUGCUCCGCCGUGCGACCGACCGCCAGGGACAUUGUGAGACGUGUCUAUGCUAUAAUGCCUUAUUUUGAUAAGGACCAUUCGAACGCAGCGUUCUUGCAUAAGCUGCGAGGCACUGUGUACAGCAUGUCGGAGGGAGCCGAUCUGCUAGACAGAGAGGCCGCAUUCUACGCCGCCGUCCUCUCGCCGGUCGUCUUCCUGCAGCAGUACAGGGACACAUGGUGUUUGUUGGAACGGUUCCACAGAGCGUUGCGUCUGUACCAGAUCUCACAUCCGACAGAGAAAAGGUCAGCGUUGAAACUAUUGCAGAAUCUUAGAGCUGUCAAUCAAAAGAUUCGUUCGUUCGUGUUCGACCUGCCCGGGCCGGCGCUGUUCACCCGCCCUCCCUCGCCGACGGAACCCGACGACGAUGAGUUAUACGACAAGAAGGACAUCAAGUAUCUCAAAGAGUUGAUUAAAAAUCUCGGAUAGCGUUA